GUCGUCACGAUAGGAUUGAUAUCCCUAACAUUGUUCACCCAAACACACGCAGUCCCACCACAUCCGCACGCGAACCUCCCCAAACCAGACCAUCACCACUCACCCCAGACCAGAGACACGACCUACAAGAUUCCCAGCAAAAUACAAAAAGGGACAGCGACCGCCCGUUUCAAAAUUGCAUCUCCUAACAAAACUCUCUCAAAUGCAUCAAUCUUAUCGCUAGACGUCCCACAAAUCUCAAAAGUGACGUCUACCUCCUUUGACUGGUGGUACUUCGACGCAGUCUCAACAGAAAACCCAGCCGAGUCCUUGACAGUCAUUCUGUUCACGUCCGCAGCGAGUGCAUUCCCAUGGCUGGAUCCCAGUGAAUCGUCUGUGUUGAUCGCGUACCUAUGGGCGACGUUUGCGAAUGGAUCUGUGUUCCAGGAAUAUGUUCCUGCGAAAUUGGCUGUGAUUGAUGAGGGGCAAACUGGGAAGUUCCUGCAGCAGGGUUCUGGUACUUGGGAUGGGAGUGGGUUUCGUUGGGUUUCGGGUAAUGAGGAUUCGGUGUAUAAGGUUGUUGUUAAAUCGGAGGAGAUGGGGGUUCAUGGAACUUUUACAUUGAAUUCUCAACAAUCACCUCAUUUACCUUGUGGUAUUCAGGACGGUACAUCGACUUUGGAGAUUGUGCCGAAUAUCGGUUGGGCGAGUCUUGUUCCUGAUGCUGUGGGUAGUGUGGAUAUGGUUAUUCAGGGAUCUACAUUGAAUUUCAAGGGACGUGGGUACCAUGAUAAGAACUGGUCAAAUCUCCCAUUCACCGAAAGCGUCCAAAGCUGGUACUGGGGUCAUGGCCGCAUUGGUAUCUACUCCAUCCUCUGGUUCAGCGCCAUCGCAAUGGAUAACAACACCCACACAAGCAGCUAUGUUGCUCGAGACGACCAGGUCCUUGUAUCUUCUUGUGAUACUACACUCCUCACAGUUCGUCCAUUGAGUGCUAACGUGACUUCCAAUCCGACUGGAGGACGGUAUCCGCCUCAGGCGGGGGAUACUCCUGAUGGCUUCAUUGUUGAGGCAUAUUUGGGUGAUGAGAAGGGUUGGCUGAAUGUCAAUGCUUCGAUUGUCACGCUUGUUACUGGGGAUGGGGAGUAUUAUAUGCGGUGGUCUGGGGAAUUGGUGGGGAGAGUUGUUGAUUCUCAGGGAGUUGUGACGGAUGCUGGAAGUGGGGUUGCUGUUUUUGAACAGUUUGCUUUGGUUGAGUAG